AUGGAGUAUUACUACGGAGAGCAACUAACUCAAUACGCAGAAAAAGGAGACCUAGAAGGGAUUCGUGUGUUAUUGGAGAAACAUCAAGAAUUCGAUGAGGAAAGAAUUGAGGAAGCUAUGAAAACAGCGCUGUUUGCAGCGUCUAGAAAAGGACAUACAGGUAUUGUAAAAAUGUUAAUCGAUUACGGAGCUAAUGUUGUGUCAACGGAUGAACUUGAAGUAAUACUUUGCUGUUAA